CCCAGGAGGCCCCGCCCUUCCUUUUCGAGAGCGUGCCGCUUUGGCGCGUGCGCGGCUUCUUCCCCCCUCCAACCAAGUUUGUCCGCCGGGAGCCUUCGUAGCCUUCGCCCCGCCUCCCUUUGCCCUCGGUGUCUGCGGCAGGGAGCAGCGGCGCGUGGCCGAGCCGUGCCGUGCCUGGUCUGGUCCGCCUGUCAGAGACAGCGAGCGAGCGAGCCCGCGCCGCCGCUGAGCGCCUCCGCGCCGCCGCUUCCUCUCUCCUCCGCCGCCUCCUCCUCUCCCCUCCGCCGCUGCCGCCUCUUCGCUCAGCCAUGUUGGCCGCCGCUCAGCUCCUCCGCCGCUGCGCCGCGCCCGCCCGGGCCCUCCGCAGCCUGGCCCCCCGGAGGGCGGCGUUCCCUGCAGCGGUAUUGCCAGUACGCUGCUAUUCUCAUGGGUCACACGAGUCAGAUGAAGAGUUUGAUGCUCGCUGGGUGAUGUACUUCAACAAACCAGAUAUUGAUGCCUGGGAGCUACGGAAAGGUAUGAACACACUGGUUGGUUAUGACCUGGUUCCAGAACCAAAAAUAAUUGAUGCUGCUUUGAGGGCAUGCAGACGACUAAAUGACUUUGCUAGUGCAGUCCGUAUCUUAGAAGUUGUAAAGGACAAAGCAGGGCCCCACAAGGAAAUCUACCCAUAUGUUAUCCAGGAACUUAGACCAACUUUGAAUGAAUUGGGAAUCUCAACUCCAGAGGAACUUGGCCUAGAUAAAGUGUAAAGGCUACUGAUGAGCUUCCAUGGGUUUAAAGCCACCUGAUUGUACAACAGUUGCCUGGAUACAGAUGUUAUAAUAUUACUUAUUUGAAAUAACUUCUUCCUUUUAUUGCGUCCUGGAAUAUGUCUUGUGAAGCUGGGCCUAAUAAAGUGGAAACUGGUUUGAACUGA